GUCUAGAGAAAAUGAAAAUUCUCUUCUUCUUCGUCUUCAUCAUCAUCGUCGUCGUCGUCGUCGUCAUUGCUAUUGCCAUGUUUGAUUCGAGGAAUGGACCACCAACGACGUGGAAAGUCGGUCGUCCUCUUCUCCUUAUUCUUCUUCUUCCUCCUCCCCGGAUAUAUGACAGCAACUCGUUUUCCGUCUCCAUCCUACUCCUGGCCUUACCUUCGCGCCUUCCAUCCUCUUUCCCUUUUAUUAAUCCAACGCGCCUCUUAUACGAAUUUUUCUGUCCUGAUGCUACAUUUGCCAUCCUCCCCUAAGACGGACGUGACUCUGCUUUUAACAUGGAGAGAGAGAGAGGAGAGGAAAGGAGGAGAGGAAAGGAGGAGAGACAGGAGGGGAGAGAUGUGUGCUUAGGGUUGUCUCGACCCUAAGCUCGCCCUCCUCCAGCUCCAGCCGCAACUGAUGACUGAUC